AUGCGUGUUCGAUUCGGAGGGCAGCCCUCUUUUGUCUUCCAGCCGUCAGAUUGGCGACAAAAGAAGGAUGCUGCAACGGAACCAGCGUGGUCUCUAAAUCGAGACUAUGUCUAUGGGUACAACGGAAGUUGUCGAAGCUCGCUGCACUUCAUCUCAGAGACAGAGAUUGCUUACCCGCUCGCGAACCUUGUCAUACUACUCGACGUCAAGUCAAACGAGCAGCGCUUCUUUGAUGGUCAUACGAAUGACGUGCUGUGUCUGGCCUGGAACGAGAACCAGCGUCUAUGCAUCUCGGGGCAGAUGGAUGUCAAGGGUGCCGAUGGCCCGAAAGCUUGCAUCUGGAGCCCAGACGAUGUCUCAAGCUUCUGCAAUCUGUUGCAUCCGGGACACUCGCGAUCUGUAAGCGCUGUUGCUCUUAGCUCCGAUGGUCAGACGGCGGUGACGUUCACGACAGAUGAGGCCAGCAGCUACUACAUUUGGCGACUUGACUUUUCUCGUGCAGUUAAGAACGGCACUUCCAAUGUUGGGACUUGGCUAUCUUCCGGCUCCUCCGGCCGGCAGCCAGUCUACGCGGCAUACCUCCUUGAGCCGGAUCCAGCUCCCGGGAAGAUGGCAUUUAGCACGGUUGGCCAAAACCACUUCAGGAGCUGGACUAUAGAAUUUCCAAAGAAGACCGGCGCUUCCCCAGUCGUCAAGAAGAACAGGGGUACCUAUGGCAAGAUCGUGGCAGCCAGGAAUCCUGUUGACUGGGCAUGGCGAGCGGAUGGUGCGGCAUGGAUGGUUGGAGACAACGGGCACAUCUACUCAGUCCUCGGACAAAGUGUCACCGAUUCAAAGCUAAUUGCAUCGCAACAUAGCGGGGCAACUCUCGGCUGUGUGGCCAAACUUCCAGAUGGGCGAUGGAUUGCUGGAGCUCUUGAUGGAACCAUCUUCAUAGGCGACGGCAUUAGACGCGAAGUCAAGGCGGAAAGCAGAGCAGUGUUCACAGAAGCGCACGGGAGAGGGAGUUUGGCCGUGUUCGGAACCGCCAAUCAUGCUCUUGUGCUUGUGGACUACACACGACGAGAGUUGGUGCGAGUGCUGCAGGUAUCCCAUGCCACGGAGGCCUGGGCGAUGGACUUCCACCCCGAACUAGCAAUCCUGGCAACAGGCGACACCCAAGGGCAUGUCCGCUUCUGGAAUGUGGCCGAACGGAAGCCUGCAGUUGGCAAGGUACUGAAGAUGGAGUGGUCUGUUUGGUCCUUGGCGUUCCUGCCUACCGAUGGAUCGCUCAUGGCCCUUGGGCAUGACAAAGGCAUGGUCGAGGUGCUGCGAUUUCCAUCUUUGCAGCCUGCUUUCCGGGAGAGGCUAUCAGAACCAGCAGAGCGGAUCAGUGCCCUGCGCUUCAGCGAUUGCGGGAUCUGGCUCGCCGCAGGAUGUUGUGAUGAGAAGGUCUACCUGCUGAAGCUGGUCACUUCCGGGGAUGGCCAUGUAGAGAUCCUCUUGCACCGUGUCCUUUCCGGCAACAGCUCAAACAUUACCGCGGUCAUGUUCUCUGCCGAUUCGCAACAUGUCAUGUCCAACUCAAAGGAUGCCCAGAUCCUGUAUUGGAACACAAAGGACGGAGCGCCACAGCGGCACACGUCCAUGUUCCGCGACACAAGGUGGCAGAAGCCGUGGACGGCGGUCCUUGGCUGGCCCGUCAUCGGCCUAUGGGGCGAUCCAAGCUGCGACGGGAGUGACAUUAACUCGGCCUGCCAAUCGAACGAGCCCCUGGAUGAGUUGCUUGCCUUUGGUGAUGACUUCGGCUGCGUGAAGCUGAUCCGCUUCCCGAGUCCCUUCGCGAAUCCUGGGGUGAAGGCAGGCUGCGCGCAAACAACAGUGGCCGUGUGUGUUCAUCUCUUCUCCUUUAGAGGGUAA